CUCGGCAGGCACGCCGAGGGUGUGCACAGAAGAGAAAGCCUCGGUUGCCGACGCGGAAGAGCACGUGCAGGCUUCAGCGCACGCGUUGCCCGGCGGUGGUUCUGCAGCAAAGCGAUCGGCGACCGCCGCCCAGGCGAGAGCAAUACCACCGGCUAGCGGCAGCCACUUCUCGUCCAGGGAUUCCAGUCUCGGCGGUUUGCAAUGAAGCGCCGCGUACUGCUGCUUGUGCUGGCCUGUUGCACGGGUUUGGGGGCCUCAGCGAGUGGUAAGGAAGGACCAAAGCGUGUCACGAAAGCAGAGGGUCCCGGUGAAUCGAACAGGACGGCUCACGCAAGAAAUGCUGCCGUUUCUGAAGCCGCAGCAGCCCCGCAAAACCCAGCCGCUUCCAAAACCUUGGACGUGGCCAGUUCCAAGCGACACGUAGACGUGCAACCUCGCCUCGGACAGAACAUCCCCUCAGGUCAGCCUCACUACCCUUUCCCACAAGCCUUCGACCAGGGUUUCGGUUCGCCAGCGGAGGUCGGAGCUCCUUUCGCGGUGAAUUUCGACCACGGUCAUCCACUGCAACAAGAUGGCCUAGGGCGCCAGGAUCCAGGGAUCAGCCAGGACUUCAGUCCAGGACUGACCUUGAACCGAUUUCCAGGGUCUGCUGCGGACGGCACAUCCCCAGCAUUGCUCGGCGCCGGACCUCAGGGUAGCCGCUUCAACGCUGUGAGUGACCGUCCGGACGGGAGCAGCCGCGCCAAGGUGCCGCCGAUCGAGCUGUCGUACGACUCGGACGUUGUGACCGUGGCCGACAUCGAGAGGCUGGGAGGCGCCAAACUGGAGCGCACCGUUCGUGGCUACUACGACAGCGGGGCCGACAGGGAACAGACGUUGAGGGAGAACGUGCAGGCUUUCUCCAGGUACCGCUUCAGACCCGACGUGCUGGUGGACGUGUCCAAAACGAACACGGCGACAACUGUGCUUGGCCGGGAGAUAUCGAUGCCCAUUGGCAUAGCACCGACGGCGUUGCAGAAGAUGGCCCACCCCGUCGGAGAAGUGGGAACCGCUAAAGCGGCCGAGGCAGCAGGCACCGUGAUGAUCCUGAGUACCCUGAGCACCACAUCGAUGGAAGAGGUGCGCCGGAGCGCGCCCAACUGUCUGCUGUGGUACCAGCUGUACGUCUACCAGAACCGCUCACUCACCGAGUCGCUGGUCAGGCGAGCCGUCCGGGCGGGAUACUCGGCGCUGGUGCUCACCGUCGACGCACCCGUUUUCGGACUCAGGGUGGCCGACGUCAAGAACAAUUUCAGCCUGCCAGUGGGACUCAAACUGGCCAACCUGGAAGGCUCCCUCUCGUACCUCUCGUCCAUGCCAGGCUCGGGGCUCACCGAGUACACGAACAAGCUGUUCAGCCCUUCGGUCACGUGGGUGGACGUGCCCUGGCUCAAAAGAAUCUCCGGCCUCCCCAUCGUCAUAAAGGGCAUCGUGACGCCUGAAGCAGCAAUGUACGCACAAACGUACGGCGCAGCCGCUGUAGUGGUGUCCAAUCACGGAGGUCGCCAGCUGGACGGAGCACCAGCAACGAUCGAGGCCCUGCCCGAGAUCGUGGCUGCCGUCCGAGGUCGCAUUGAGGUCUACGUGGACGGCGGAGUGCGCAGUGGUGCCGACGCCGUCAAGGCCCUCAGCCUUGGCGCACGAGCCGUCUUCGUGGGAAGGCCCGCCCUCUGGGCACUCUCGUACAACGGUACAGAAGGCGUCGCUAGGAUGCUCGACAUAUUAAGAUCCGAGUUUGAGCGAACCAUUGCAUUGCUAGGUUGUCCAGACUCCAACAGGCUGACGUCGAGGUACAUCGUCCGGGAAGAAUAUUACUCAAAGCUCAACUGGAGAAAUUUCCCUCGUCAAGAACUUUGAACAAAGAAGGACGACGCUUACCCAUCGCCUCAGUUUGCUAAAACCGUUAGAACGAAUGCAACCCUUGAAAAUAAGUGGGACGCUCAAAGAUUAAAGUUCACGAGGGUAGACGGAGGUUCUCCUGAGGUACAACUCUAAGACAGUGGCGUAGCCAGUGAGCGGCCCCAACCCCCUCCCCGCAAAAAUGUUUUUCGCCAUCGCAUGCAGAGCGAAAAUGACCAUUUCAAGAGGGUGUCCUCCCCAAAAUCAAAAAGUAACGCACCCUCCCCCCCCUAAAAAAAUUUCUGGCAACGCCCCCGCUCCGAUACAUGCUGACGGUACGUCGACCGCAAGUUCCACGGCCUUUCAAAACGACAAGAUUGCGAGGACUCUAAUAAAAUCCUGCUCAAAUGGUCGUUCAUA